GCCAACUUACCUGACCAGAAGUGAGUGACUAGAGAGUACAAAGAGGGAGACGGGCCAUUUGGAAUUCCGCGACAAAUCGAACUCUUUUCCUCAGGUCCUGUGAUUAUCCAAGGAUCAACAUGAAUGGACACACGAAUGGAACAAAUGGUGUGAUAGGUUCUCGUGGUAGAAAGGGCCUUGUGGAUAUUAUCGCUUCAGAUACGAGAUGUACUUGGAACAGGAAGAUUGAGAACACCGAAAUGGACAAGUUUCGAGCGGUUAUCAAUAAGAAAUACGACUUGAAACUUAGGAAUUACUGGGAUCUCCAUGCAUGGUCAGUAAAGAAUUAUCAGAAGUUUUGGGAAGAAAUGUGGAAUUAUUACGGAAUCAUCCACUCGAAGCCUUACACGGAGAUUUAUAGCUGCGUCAUACAACCAAGGGGUCUUCUGGCUAAAGCUUUUUAUUCGUGCCUGAUGAGCUUCCGCAAGGCCGACAGUAAGCAAAAUAAGGGUGCAAAGAAUGGAAAGGGUUUUAUAGAUAUUGACUGGUUUAGCGGAGCUCGGCUGAAUUAUGCUGAAAACAUCUUGAGAUACCGAAAUGGAGAUACAGCUAUUAUUUGCGUAGAUGAAGAAGAGAACGAAGAGUACAUUACGUAUGCAGAACUGUACGAAGAAGUGGAGCGAUAUGCAGCAGCGUUCCGGAAGAGUGGCCUUCAGAUGGGUGACAGAGUCGCAUGUUACAUGUGUAAUGUCAAAGAAGCUGUAUAUGCCUAUUUAGCAGCCUUGAGUAUUGGGGCUCUCUGGGGAGGACCGUUGCCUUUUUACGGAGAUAAAGCUGCAUCCAAAAUUAUCCGUCCCAUGCUACCCAAAUUCCUUUUUACAGUUGACAGAUUCUUGGAUCUGAAGAAGGAGAAGAAUCUGAUGCAAAAUAUACCAACUAUUGUGAAAGAUUUGGAUUGUUUGGAAAAGAUUGUCAUCGUUCCCAGCAAAAAGGAAACCUUAUCGAUUGAUAUAAAACAAUUGGAUCCCAGAUGUAUCUUCCUAGAAGAUUUCUUGAAAGUGGGUCGCAAUCCUGACGGAAGCGUGCCUACUCUGACUUUCGAACAAUUGCCCGCGAACUAUCCCAUCUGCAUCAAUUUCACCUCUGGCACCACGGGUCAACCCAAAGGUCUCGUUCACUCAUGUUCUUCCCUUCUCCCACUAUUUAGAGAUUUCAAUUUGCACUACAAUUUGGUGAAGGGGGAUGUUGUUCUUACACCAUAUCCGGUUGGAUGGAAUUUAUGGAAUCUCUUCAUCGCAAAUAUUGCUCUUGGUGUGACAAUAUUAUUGUAUAAUGGAUGCCCCUUCUAUCCUGAAGCCGGAUUUUGGGAAGUCAUUGACAAGUACAAGGUGGCUUACACUUUCUUGGCUACUAGCGUUGUCGAUAAGAUGGAAAAAAAUGAUGUGGUUCCAGGUCCUGACUGCAAACUUGAGCAUUUGAAGAUGCUGACUGUUGGAGCAAGCCCCGUCAAAUUGCAAAAUUUCGACUUUUUGUUGAACAGAGUGAAAUCGGACAUGUUUGUGAAUUGUUUGUAUGGAGCAACUGAGGUUAUUGGAGUAUUCUCAGGCUUUGAUUGGAACACUCCAGUUUACAGCGCAGAAAUUCAGGCUCCUGCAUUGGGUGUUGAUUGGAAGUGUUUCGAUGCAGAAGGUAAUUCUGUAAUUGGACAGAAAGGAGAACUGGUAAUUUGCACUCCAAACCCAUCAUUCCCUGUCGGAGUUUGGAAUGAUGUUAAAGGAAGGAAGUUAGAAGAAUUAUACCUCACCAAAUAUCCAGGUGUUUGGUGCCAAAAUGACGAAUGCUGGAUAGACCCCAACACAAGAGGCAUGGUUAUCAUUGGAAGGAGCGAUGAUGUUCUGAACCCAAAUGGCGAGAGAUUUGGCGCUGCAGAUAUUUAUUAUGCAAUUCAUACUAUGGAAGAGCUCCAGGACUACAUUUGCAUAGGCCAGGACAAUCUUGAUGGAGAUCAGCGAGUUGUCCUGUUUGUGAAGAUGAAGAAUGGAUUCAAAUAUAAUGAAGAAUUCGCCAAGAAAGUGCAGAAGCAAGUUGAAACUCAGCUGACAGAAGAACACGUUCCAGCUUUAGUUCUCGAAGUACAAGACAUUCCAUACAAUCUAAACGGCAAGAAGAUGGAACGCCUUCUGAAGACGAUUAUUCAAACGAACGAAAUUCCAGAAACGAAUAAUAUUAAGAAUCCAGAAUGCCUGAAAGCCUACGUCAACAUUCCCGAGCUUCAAGGUUACUAACCAUCCCAUUACUGCAGUUGAAAGUUUUUUGUUUACUUGGCACUAUGCGAUCGAGAACGAGCAUAAAUUUUGAAGAAUAUAUUCUCAUAUAAAAAAAGUACAACUAUAUAAAAUGCGUUUCAAUGUUGUUUAAAUUGCCAAGCGUUGUGUGGAUUACAUGUGUCUAAGUAUAAAGUUAGAUUAAGACUGAAAUGACAGAAAAAUAAACUUAGCUGUCUAAGGCAUUGUUCUUAUUUUAAGCAUCAAUCAUACUAUACGUUUUAGUAUUUUUUUAAAAAUGUGUUCAUGAUAAAGAAAAGUAUAAGUUAUUUUAAUUGUUUUUUUAAGGAAUAUUGUAUUAUAUGUAUAUAAAAACAAUUGUUUGAGCUUUAAAGACAGUAAAGAGAACGAGUUUUCUUUUUACUGUAUAAGGUAAACAUUAUUUAGCAUUUAGAUACAAUAUGGUAAAAUGGAUAUCAAUAUAUCUGGAAGCUCUUUACAUUGCUUGAAGUGAAGUAGAAAAUGCUAUUAUAAAUUUUUUAAAUAAAAUGAAUAAUUUUAUUUAUGUGUUAUGUGGUAAAAAUAAUAUUAAGAAAAUAUGGGCCAGCAAAUAAUUUAAAAAAUCAUAAAUAAUAUCUUAAUAUGUAAAUCCUCUUUAAGCAUCUAUUUUAAUAAGUUUAUACCUUGGAAAAAAUGGGAAUGGCUUUUUUCAUAUCACUUUUAAGACAAACUUUUGCUGACAAUAUUUUAUCACUGCUUAUUUAGGCCUAACAUUGCGGGUGGGUAUACAUAAUUUAGAAUAUGUUUUUAAUAUACUAUAGCUUUUCAAUUUAAUUAUUUGCUCACAUUGUAAAUAAAACAGGGUACCAUUUCGCAAAUUUGUCAGUCCUUGAUUUGUAUCUUUUGUAACUGUUAUUUUUGAAAUAAAAUAAACAGUGUUUUUGAA